AUGCCGCAGCCUUUUCACCACAUGAAAACAGGCUCAACAAGUAACCUUAAACAGCUAUCAUUCACCGCCCGCCAGGAAGUGUUGAAUGACACGGCCGACUCCGAGAACCUGGCGGAUUUGGUGGGCACCGUGACUGCAUACUCGGCCUUCGCUUCAUUGUCCGCAUCACACGGCACACUAGCGGGGCUCGGCAUGUCGGCGGAGCGCCUCUUCUUCGUCAACCACUGUGUGAAAAGGUGCCAUCAGAAAAGCAGGUUAACGGCCCGCUAUGCACCAUACCGAUCCCGCUGCAUAGUGCCCCUGAUGAACAUGCCCGAGUUCUCGAGGGCCUAUGGCUGCAGCGCAGGUGAACCCAUGAAUCCACGAAAGAAGUGCACCUUCUGGAGUUGA